GAUAUAUAAAGGCUGCUUACUUCGAUCAAGACUCUCUUUCGAAAGAGAAUGAUCACUACAAAGUGAGCAGGAAAAAUUCACAAGGUCUAUUUGUCAAAGUAAUAUAUAUUGACUAUUCAAAAGAGUUUCAGUACAAAGAGCAAAUGCAGAAUGGAUUUAAAAAAUUUGCUUAUCUUGUCAAUACUUUCAAUUAUCCUACUUGAAGUCUGCUCAGCUGACAAAGUAGAAAAUGGUUACAUCUUCACUUCGCCAAGAUCCUUAAAAAGAGGCCAGAAUAAUCAAUUGCAACUGUUACGUUUUGGCUGCCUUGACAGUAGUGAUUUGAAUGUUCAAUUGUACUAUAAGAAAAACUACGAUUCUAAUGAAACCCUUGCGCAACAGCAGGCGUACAAUAUACCUAAAGGUAACAAAGAUGCGCUUCUAAACUUUUUAGUUCCACCGAUUGACGACUCUAAUUAUAUAUACAGUGGAAGAUUGCAAAUUAAUGGAACAAUGUGUGGCAAGUCAAUCAGCGGCAGUGAUGAAGUUCAUUUUUCUAAUAAUGUAAAUGAAAACAUUUAUAUAAUUCAAACUGAUAAACCUCUGUAUAAACCUGGGCAAACCGUUAUGUUCAGAGUAUUGAAGUUAGAUAAAAAUUUAAGACCAUCCGACAAAAGGAAUGAUACUGCUGAUGUUUUUGUCGAAGAUCCAAAAGGAACAAGACUGUUUCAGUUUAAAAGAGUACAUCUUGGGAAAGGAAUAAAUCAAAUGGAAUUUCCACUUGCUGAUGAGCCUGUUCAGGGACCAUGGAGGAUAACAGUUUCGAAUGAUAAAGAUUCACAGUCGACCUCUUUUGAUGUGAAAGAAUACAAACUUCCAAAAUUCGAAGUAAAAAUUAACUUUCCUUCAUUUGUUCUGAAAAAUGCUGAUACAAUUCCUGUAUCCGUCUGUGCUGAAUAUACAUAUGGUGAGCCUGUACAAGCUCAUUUGAAUUUGAAUACAUCUCUCGAGAUGUACGCAUACGAAUCUUCAUAUUCUAGAACUCCAGUUUUGCAGAAUUCCUUAGAGAUAGAUGGCUGCUAUAAUUAUACUAUAAAUGUCACAAAAAUAGAUCCAAAAAGAGAUCACAGCUAUAAAAGAAUCAAGGUCAGCGCCAAUGUGAUUGAAGACGGGACAGGAGUUCAAAUGAGCGCAACUCAGUAUUUGAGCAGAAGUUAUUCCCCAUUAAAUAUGGAUUUUAACGUAAACGGCGAUCAUGGGAAGUAUUACAAACCUGGUUUGCCAUACAAUGGAAAGUUGAAAGUGACAAACCCUGACAAUUCUCCUGCUCCUGGAGAGCCUGUUGAAAUCUGUGCUACUGUAUCCAGGAAGAGAAUCAUUGACACUUGGCUGGCGAACAAACAAGUGAAAUUUUGCAAGAAUUACACAUCAAAUGAGGACGGUUACAUCAAAUUUACAAUUCUACCACAGAAUGUUGAUUCAGUUUCAAUUAAUUUAUAUGCUAGAUCUCUGAAAUACACUGGAGGAAACAAUAUCGGACAGCCAACUGCCAGUGCUUAUUUAGAUCCUUUCUAUUCUCCAUCAGGAAGUUUUCUUCAGUUGGAAACUAUUGAUAAUCCUAUUCCGUGUGGAACAGAGAAGAACAUUAGGGUUCUGUUUACAGCAAAGGAAAACACAGAAUUCCAGUUGAACUAUCAGAUAUUAAAACAAGGUGAAGUGGUGAAAACUGGCUCCCAACAAGUAACAUUUAAUAUCAAAGAUGAUGUCUCAGAAAAAUAUGAAAAUCCCGAAGAACUUAUAAAUGGUUCAGAAACCCAGAUUUCUCCACCAUUAUCUGCAUCAGAAUUGAAGGAAUCUUCUUCUGGUGAAGCCAAUUGCCCAAGUGCUAGAGAAUCUAGGUAUAUUCCACCUAUUGGGGAAGUGAGCAUUCCGAUCGAUGUAGAUGCUUCUUUGUCACCAUCGUUCUCUCUCUUAGUCUUUUAUGUUCGAGAAGACCGUGAAACUGUCGCAGAUUCUCAGAAAAUAGAAGUUGAAAAAUGCUUCAAAAACAAGCGAACUCCCGUCACUCAUCGAAUCACGUCUUCUCCUAAUUCUCUUUGUGGUAUUAAAGUAGUGGAUAAAAGUGUUACUCUUCUUGAUUCAAGCAAUCAAUUGACGAAAGAUAAGAUUUUCCAGCUUCAAUCAAACUUAAACCCACCUUCAUAUUAUGGUUCUAACAACUUUUGUUAUUCAGAUAAAUCCCAACCAGGAUUGGAACCAUCAGAAGCAAAUUCUAAAAUCAACCCAACCGAUUCUUUUUAUUCAUCAUCCUAUGAAGACUCUUAUGCUGCUUUCCAGGAUGCUGGGUUCUUAGUCAUUAGCAACUUAAUUCUGUUUAGUAGACCCUGCUCCAAUGGUGGGAGCAAUGGGAUAGCAUAUGGACCGAUGCCUAUUACUGGACCUGAUGCAAAAAUUUCCAGAGUCAUUGUACCUCAAGGGGCAUUUGGUCCAGGCGGUGCGCCUGGGGGUCCUGGUGGACCCAUUGGUCCAGGUGCAACACAAUCUGCCGUUGAAGUGAGAAACUAUUUUCCAGAGACUUGGUUAUUCGAAUUGCAGAUGACAGGCCCAGACGGAACUUAUAGCGGCGAAGACAAUAUUCCACAUACCAUAACGGAAUGGGAUGGAAGCGCAGUGUGCAUCAAUUCCAAAGAUGGUAUUGGAUUAUCCGACAUGACCUCUAUCAAGGCCUUCCAAGCCUUCUUUAUAUCCUAUACUCUUCCUAUAAGCGUCGUUAGAGGAGAAGAGUUUGUAGUUGUAGUAUCUGUCUUCAACUAUGCUGAUGCUGCUUUGCCAAUAUCUGUCAACUUACAAGAUCCACAAGGUUUUAAAGUCAUCAGUGGCUUAUCGGAUAACGAAAUUUGCAUACAACAAAGUACAAGCGAAAGUCUUAAAAUGAAAUUGAAAGGUACAACUGUCGGAUCCAUUAAUAUUACUGUGGAAGCCAGUACAGCCUCUUCAAGUAAAGUUUGUGGAGAUUCUCCAGUAUAUGGAGGUUAUGCAAGAGAUGCCAUCACGCAGCCAUUAGAAGUUGAGGCUGAAGGAUUCCUUAAUGAAAAAGUUGACAGUAUAUUGUUUUGUCCAUCAGAUGAGGAAAAUCAAAUGUUUUCGAAGACUGACGAUUUAGAUUUGCCGGAUGAUGCUGUACCAGACUCAGCAAGAGCACUUGUUGAUGUUAGCGGGAACAUCAUGGGCCCUGCUAUACAAAAUUUGAACAAUCUUGUCUCCCUCCCAACUGGAUGUGGCGAACAGAAUAUGGUAAAAUUCACUCCAAACUAUCUCGUGCUGGAUUAUCUAACAGAUAUCGGGAAAUUGACGGACAGCAUCAAAUCCAGUGCUAUUAAAAAUCUCAACCUAGGUUAUCAAAGGGAAUUGACCUUUCAACGUUAUGAUGGAUCCUUCAGUGCUUUUGGGAACAGCGAUAAAGAAGGCAGCAUGUUCUUGACGGCUUUCGUCCUUCGUUCUUUCUACCAAGCAAAGAGAUACAUCACCAUUGAUGACAGAAUAUUCAAUGAUACACAAAACUGGAUAACAUCCAGACAACAAAUAGAUGGUUGUUUUCCAAAUGUUGGACAAAUUAUUGACUCUGGUAUACAAGGAGGAUUAGAAACCGACAAAAAGAAUGGAACUAUAACAGCCUACGUUCUUGCCUCUCUUCUGAUUUCUAACUACAGGAAUGAAACUGUCAUUAGAAACGCCAUGUCUUGUCUCAGUAGCAAUCCUCCUACGACUCCAUAUGAAACUUUUUUGUAUACUUACGCAGAAGCUCUCGGUGGUCAGAAGAAAGCUGCGAAAAAAUUGCUUAAUGACAUUAAACCUUUUGCUGAUAAAAAUGGUGGUCUAGUAAGUUACCAUAAUCCUAAUGGAUCAAAACCUCUUGAUGUUGAGACAAAUGCAUAUGCUGUUCUGGCUAACCUUCAGCUGGGUAACAGCAAGUCUACUGUUCUUCCUAUUGUCCGUUAUUUAUCAACAAAUCUGAAUCCUUCAGGUGGAUUCUAUUCAACACAGGACACAUGUGUUGGCUUAGAUGCUUUAAGCAAAUUUGCAAAGAUUGUCUACAAAGAUCCAGUAGAUAUUACUGUUUCUAUUAGUGGUGGCCUAAACGAACAGGUUAAAAUCUCAGAAGACAACAAACUCUUGGUGCAAAGAAACAAGAUUUCUCAAAUACCAAGUGAACUGAAAAUACAAGCAACCGGGUCGGGCUGUGGACUUCUUCAAACUUCACUACGAUACAACACACUUUCUCCACCAGAUAAGAACUUGUUCAAUCUUAAAAUAUUAGGAGAAUGUACAAGUUCGGAUUGCAAGCAGAGGAGAAUUUCUGGUGCAGUAAGUUACUCUCCGAAAGGAAAGAAGGCUGGAAUGAGUGUCGUCCAGAUAAAAAUGGUUACUGGAACAGUUGCAGUAAAGGACAGUCUUAAUCAGCUCACUUCUGAUCCGAACAAUGAAAUCUUAAGGACUGAUGUUGAUGGUAAUCAAGUUAACAUUUACUUCACAGAAAUAUCUAAUGAUGCUCAACAAUUUGCUUUCGACGUAGAAGAGAUAGUUGAAGUGGAAAAUCCUCAGCCUGGAACAGCUAAAGUUUUUGACUACUAUGCCCCAGAAAAAUCGGCAUCUACGACGUAUUCUUAUGGAAACUAGAAGUUAUCGAACAACGAAUCGAACUUUAAUGUUUAAAAUGAUUUAUAGAUCUUUGUUUUAAUUAUACAUUCAGCAUUUCCCUUUGUGAAUAUUUAGUGAAAUUAAUUCUUACAAUAAAAUAAAAACUGCAUUUCGGAGAAUAUACUUUAAUGCACAACGUGCGGCCAUUUUAUUGUAAUCGAAAACCUUGUCAGUUCUUGGUAUGAGCUCAACAUACCAAGAUUAUGCUUGUUUUCCAGACAAAAAUUUAAAUUGGGGAGAUGUAUAUGUCCUUAGUGAAAAGCCUCUCUAAAUUAAAGAAAGAUAUUCUUUUGAAUUAGAGUUGACUCUUAAACUAUAACCAGAAAUCUUAAUAACAAUGUGAAACAUACAUUGUAAUAUUUGAAUAUCUGCUUGAAGAUGUUCGUUGAGGGUUGCUGACAUCUUCAACAAUUUGAGUGAUAGAUAGUGAUUUCACGUGAUCUAUGUAUGAUUCAAAGAUUCUUUUAAUUACAAUGUUUUGCCUAAAACGACAAUUGCAAAAGACAUUAUCUACUUCAUAUUUCUUCUGGAAAUAUCAUUAGAUAGAUAAUGAUACAGUUAUAUUUGUGCUCCUCUAUCGGCAAGAAUAUUGAAGAAAUCUGCUUUUACCAUCAAAUCGCUUACAAAAUGAUCUUAUUAAAAUUUAAAAAAUCAAAAUUAUUCUUCUUUAGUAAUGCUUAUAUAAUGAAGAAUAGCAUCCAUUAUCAUGCAAUUUGAGUAUUUCUAUUAAUAAAGAAAAUAUGAAUCGCUAUUUUUGUUCUGUUUAUGAUUGCUAAAAUGGCCACACUGUGUAAAUUUAAUGUGCAAA